UGGUGUUGUUUUCUCCGCCACACAUUCAUAUGAACUGUCAGCUCGGCCGUGACUACGUGAGCUGUCCGGGACCUUCAGCAGGGGAAGCCACCUUGAAUGGACUAAGCUGCCGCACAACCGAAACAGCUACUGCGCACCUUUUUCUCUUCAUUGAGGACAGAAGAAAGAAAGAAAGAAAGAAAAGAAAAGAAAACAAAAGAAAGAAGAGAAAAAGAAAAACAGCUGUCUACCUUUGCCAGUGUGGAGAGCGCGUGGGGAUGCUUCGCGCGGAUCUAGUGAGAGAAACGCGCGCGCUUAAUAAUUAGUAUUUAGACAAGUAGCCAAUUAACUAGUAAUUACGUAAGUAGCGUUUAAACCGCCCGUGUGCUUCGCGUGUCUGCUCGUGGCUAAAAUUAGAACGACGCGCGGAGCCAGCGGAGGACACGGUAGUAUUUAUUCAGCAGGAGUUUUUCAUUUUUUAUCAACGCUCCUUGGAUUUCAGUCGUUAUCACAAAGCAAGUGUGGAGCCGAGGACGACGUCAAAACAAUUCAAGACAGACCGAACUCAGAGAGAGAGAUGACCCUUGUUUUGUCCAUGAAUCCUUUCCUGGACCCAGAAGGAGACCCUCCGCUCUCCACAUAUCAGCCCAUAUGGGAAUCGGAGCGCUGCACUAAGAGCUGCCUGACAAACCCUGCCCCACCAUGCAGCUCUGAAGAGCAAUUUACACAAGAGCCCCCCUGUAGGCGAGUUCCCGAUCAUGUCUCGGUAUCAAGGAUUGCAUACUUCAAAAGGAAGUUUGUUGAUGAUGAUGAUGAACCUUCCUUCAGUUUCAGGACAUACUGCCAGACUGUUGCACCAGUUUUGGAGGAGCGUGCCCACGUGCUGCGUCUCUCCCUGGAGAAGAUGAGAUUCAUUGACGACCCUGAGGCCUUCCUCCGACGCUCCGUUCUUGUUAACAACCUCCUUCGGCGUCUGCGAGCCGAGAUCCUGCUCCAGAGCACUGACUGGUGCUUCCCACCAAACCCAGCAUUCGCCACUGGCCCUUGCGUCCUCCCGCCCAACACCAACCUUGCUCACCAGGCUCUCCACGGAGCAGUACCCACCCGGAUCUGCUUAGCCCCACAAGCCGGACCGCCAUUCCGUAAGCGCUUCCGAAUGGUCCGUGGAGGACAGGGGGACCUUCGCCCUGACUGUGCCCAGACAUGCUGCUGCAUCUACGCAGCGGCGGCCACUGCAGGACACUACCUCCACCUCCCGUUCUCCAUGUAUGACGCAGCACUCUCUUCCUGCCCGUCCACACCACACUCCUCCUCAUUUUUUCAGCUAGCUAGCCAUAGCAAGUUAGGGCUGACGGUGGCCGUAGAAGAGCGUGAUGAUGAGGAUGAAGAUGUCGAAGAGGAGGAGGAAAAUGAAGAAGAAGAAGAGAGGGAAGAGGAGGAGGAAGAAGAUGAUGAAAGAAGACAAGCAGGGCCCUCUCUUGAUGUUGUUAAAGACAAGUCAAGCCAGAAAAGUAGGACUAGGACCUUGCUGGGUCAUACACACCCAAGGACAGAGGAGGACAGCUGCAUGACAGAUAGGGUAGAAGAGGAGGAGGAGGGAGAGCAGGAGGAGGAAGAAGAGGAGGAGGAGGAAGAGGAAGAGGAGGAGGAGCAGGUUGUGAGACCUUGUCAGUGGGCCUCAGAGAGGGAGCUCCACAAGGUUGGCUUCUGGCACCGCAGGGCUCAUAGACAGUAAUUGCUUUCUGAGGAUUUACUUAAUUCUACAUCCGUUAGAAUGAAAAUAUAAUGAUGACGACAACUGUCAUCAGUUGAAGAUUAUUCAGAUGCAGGCGUGGGCUACCUACACUAUUGUAAUGCCAAGUCAGCUUUAUUUUAAUGGUCUAAUAUACUCUACACACAGACAAACUCAAUUCAGCUCUACUUCUAAUUUUAUGGUCAGAUGUUAAACAGAAAAUUCUUGGCCUUUCUUGGCACUGGAAACAUUUCUCAAGCAAUUAUGAAGGCUAAGGUCACAUAUGGUGGGAUCUGAAAUCCCAGAGGUGGAGUGAAGCUUGCUAUUGCACUGUCUCCAAGACCAUUUUCAAGCCCCACAGCACAAAACUAAAAGGUCUCAAAUGGGGCUAUAUAUUGGUGCAACGGUCUCGUUUCAGGACCCUAAACAAGCCUAUGAAAUGAAGGGAUGUGGGUUUGCGAGUGUUUGCUUCUGUGCGAGUAUGUGCGCGUGCGUUUGCAAGAUAUGAUGUAGCAUUUUAAAACUUGAUUUGAAGCUGUUAUUAUUAUUAUUAUAUAAACAUGGGUUGCACACGGUUGUGUGUGCCCGUUGAUUCUGAUGCUGUCUCAGGCAACAGCGAGUGACUGUGCUGCAGCGGCGGCACAGUGUGUGUUCUUCAAAUUGUUUUAAGAGACAACAAUCAUUAGCAUUGGAAAUGUUAAAUCACAAUAUCAAGUGCCUUAGUGUUUUUAUAGAUACGUGUAUUAUGUGUUAAUGUAAUUGUUCUUGUUACUAAGUAGCUCUCUUGCAUUCCAAACGACUGCAUUUGACUAAAACAGGGCAUGUAGUUAAAUGCAGGGAUCCUUUCAAAUGUUGUUAAAAUCUUCAGUCAAACAAAAUUUCCACACCCACAAUGUGUUCAGUUUGUUUUUUAGUUCAAAAUGCAUGUUUUCUAGCACUGCCUGUUUUGACGAUGCACAAACGUGAAGCCAGUCUCAAAGGACAGUUGCAAAAGUCUUGGAAAGCUCGUUAUGGUUUGGCUGGUCUGUCCACUGAUGAGUAUUUACUAAAAAUGAUUUGAAUAUAAAAACAUCAAACGCAAUCUCAUUCUCUGAUUUGAAAGAUUUAAAUGUCAUCAUUAUAAUUAGAUGCUGUAAAUACAUAUGCAUCAAUGUCGGUUUUGCUGUUUUCCUUCCAAUCAGUUGUUUAAUGGUUCAAACAAACAAAUGUUUCAUCAUCAAACAAGAAACACACUUCAGUCAGUCAGUCACACUUUCAUUCAUACCUGGCCAAUGGCGUUCAACAAAUUAUCUGGGGUUUGCCCAUUUGGAAGUAAUUUGUAUUGACCAAUGAAACUGGGGGGCAGGCCCCCCUGGGAGGCGGGGGGGUGGGGGGCGCAUAGAGCCACUGAAGGGGAGGAGUUAGAUGACCAGGAGAAAAGUAUGGAGUGAAACAAGUUGAAUGAAAAUUAUUAAUGUAAGGAAAAUAAACAAACAAGGGUUUGCUGAUGCUAACAUGUUGACCUUUAUCUCACUUACGUCCAGUUUGGAUCGGCCCACUCUGCUUCAUAUCGCACCCAAAGCCUGGUACUUCCUCUGUCUGGCACAGGUAACAGCUCAUCCCACAUAAUGUCAGUUAAAAUUAGCUUCAUCCAACAACAAUAUCCCUUUCAUGUCUGUGCAGUAAAUGCGACACUGGAGACAGCAGACGCUUGGCUUAGCAUAAAGACCGGACACAGGGAAACAGCAGGCCUGCCUCAGUCCUGAGGUGACAAAAUGUGCCUACCAGCUCCUCUGUGGCUCACUAAUUAACAGGUACUGUGGUUUUAUGGGGGGUUGCAACUUCCUUAUUCCAAGCAUGUUAUUUUUACAGUUUAGGUCUUGUGAGCAAACAAGAUGUAACAUGUUAAUUAGUGGGCUUUAGAGGUGUUGGUAGCUGGAUUCUGUUACUUGUGGAUGGAGCAGACUGGAUGUUUUUCCCCUGUUUCCAGUAUUUCUGCUAAGCUAAGCUAAACGUCUCCCAUCUCCAACUUCACAUUUAUUGUUCAGACAUGACAGAAAAUGUUGAAUUAUUCCUUUAACUGUCAAAGUAUGCUCUGCCUUUGCAGGUUCACACGUGUGUGUGUGUGUGUCACAAUCAAAUCAGUCAAACGUGGUAGAGUGAAAUCACAUUGGUUGUAGAACAUCGUCAGGCUGUUGAGUAUAGAUUGGUGAGUAUAUGAGUGUAUGUCAUUUUAAAAUAAAUAAAAUAGACCUGUGAGAUAUACAACACCUCAGAGGAGAUCUUUUCUACUUGUUCAAAAGAAUUAACCAAUCAAGGACAAACCAAACCAGUUCUACGUAAAUGAGUUUCUGUCAUGAUAGCAUGAUCAGUGGUUUCUUGUUUGUUGAUGUGUCUCUUGUUUGGGACUUUUAAAGAUUAGGUUCCUCACACUGACGAAAAAAAAAAAAAACCCA